UUUGCAGUUUUUCCUUGUUUCUGUCGCAAUAAACUAAACAGCAGGUUUUUCGGGCUGCAGAAUGACUAACGUUAUACCAAACAAACUCGACAAACUUGAAUUUUCUGAAUUAAACGCGAAAACCCGGAACUCGUCUUCACUCUUCACGUGUUACAGUGAAAAACAGUGGGCUGUUCCAGUAAGUGGUGUUUUUAAUAGAAAAAGGUGUUCUCACAAUGGAGAGCCAGAAACAGGUGCUGGAGAGGCUGCGGGCUGCUUUCCGCUCAGGUGUGACCCUUCCUGUGCACUUCCGCUUGACUCAGCUGGAGGCCAUGAUGUCACUGUUUGAAGACAACGAAAACCAGAUUUUAGAGGCCUUGCAUGAAGACCUUGCUAAGCCCAAGUUUGAAACAGUGCUGUCAGAGAUUGAAAUAGUGGUGAAUGACAUUUGCUACGCCAUCAGCAACCUGCAAACCUGGAUGCAGCCCACUUAUGUGGGCACAAACCUGGCAACAAAGUUGGAUGACUGUUUUGUACGAAGCGAGCCGUUAGGUGUUGUUCUGAUUAUUGGAGCAUGGAAUUAUCCUCUUCAUCUAAUUCUGUUACCUUUGAUUGGUGCAAUUGCGGCAGGCAACUGUGCUAUUCUGAAGCCAUCAGAAAUAAGUCGAGCAACCGAAAAGCUUCUUGCUGAACUCAUUCCUAAGUACCUGUCCCAGGAGUGUUAUGCAGUCGUUUGUGGUGGAGCAGAAGAGACCAAGACAUUGCUGGAGAAUCGAUUUGAUCAUAUCUUCUACACAGGCUCGCAGUCAGUGGCUCGUUGCAUCCUGCUGGCCGCAGCGGUGCACCUUACCCCAGUUACUCUGGAGCUGGGCGGAAAGUGCCCCUGUUUGAUAUAUGGCCGCCUAGACAUGAAAGCUGCUGCUAAGAGGCUGGUGUGGGCCAAGUUUUUCAAUACAGGGCAGAGUUGUGUGGCUCCAGACUACGUUUUAUGCACUACUGAGACGAGAGAUGCGCUGUUACCUUUUAUAAAAGAGGCUCUGGAGAGUUUCUACGGAUCUGAUCCCCAGCAAAGCCCAGAUCUGGGCCGUAUCGUGACAGACAGGCACUGGGACCGACUGGUUGAGCUGCUAAAAAAGUCUGAGGGAAAGAUUGUGAUAGGAGGAGAGAGUGACAAGAAGACCAAGUACAUUGCCCCCACUGUCAUCGUGGAUGUCAUAGAGUCCGAUGCUUUAAUGCAGGAGGAGAUUUUUGGCCCCAUCCUCCCUAUUCUCACCAUCAAGUCUCUCGAUGAAGCAAUCAAUUUCGUCAACGAGAGAGAGAAGCCCCUGGCACUCUACGCCUUCUCUGAUGAAUCUCAGGUUGUGACUACCGUUCUUGAGAGGACCAGCAGUGGAGGCUUCUGUUCCAAUGAUGGGAUCGUUCACAUGUCCCUGCCUGGAUUACCCUUCGGAGGAGUUGGCGCAAGUGGGAUGGGCAACUACCACGGUCGCUGGGGCUUUGAGACGUUCAGUCACAAGCGUGGCUGCAUGAUGAGGAGCUGGCUGCUGGAGUGCGUCAAUGUGCUGCGCUACCCCCCCUAUAACGAAAGCAAUCUCAGCUGGCUGCGCUGGGCCACCACCGCCAAGAAGAAGGGGUGGGCAGCAUGUUCUGUUAUGUGAGCGCUGAGUCUGACGCUCACUUUGAGGAUGCCCAUUUUUUUUAGAUUUUGUCAAUGAAGCAGAUUGUAACCAAGGAACAAAAACAAAUCUGGCUCGGCGUUCACCAAGGUUUUCCAGAGAGUUUGGUCAGAAACACAAACCUCAUCUGUGGAUUUUCCAUUGUGAGGUCAUUCAAAACACCACCAGAGGUCAGCAUUGAGAAAAGUCACUUCUUCCGGAUGCUUCUAUCAUGAGAGAAAUGAGGCCAUUUACUCGGAAAAGAAUGAGUUUAUUUUACCAUUGUUCAAAUACACUACUCAACUCUUUAUGUGCUAAUUUUCAUCUGUUAUUAUCGAACACUAAAGUGGAAAAGCAUUAUUUUACUUAGUAAAGAUGCUACAUUACCUUACUGUUACAUAUUUUGCUGUAUAGCUCGUAAUAGUUUAGGGUUUUCUGUUUAGUGAGAAUAUCAAGUAGCAUUUCUAGUUUAUGAGUUGUAUACUUUUCAUCUAUAACAUUGAGUACAAAAAUAAAGUCUGAUAAACAUGUUUGCCCUCAA